AUGGCAUCCUUGAAGCUGGUGCUGUCACUGCUGAUUGCAGCUCUCCUCCUGCAUGUGGCCACCACGCUGAAGAUCAGCGCCUUCAACAUCAAGACGUUUGGGGACAGCAAGAUGUCCAACCAGACUGUUGCAGAUAUCAUCGUCUCUAUCCUGUCAGAGUACGACAUCACCGUGGUGCAGGAGGUCCGGGACACCGAUCUUAGCGCUGUGAAGAAGCUCGUGGACCUGCUUAACAGUGUGUCCCUGCACCCAUACAGCUUUUUGGACAGCAUCCCCUUGGGUUGGUCCAGCUACAAGGAGCAGUACAUCUUCAUCUACAGGUCAGACAUGGUCUCCGUGCUGGGAAGCUACUACUAUGAUGAUGGCUGUGAGUCCUGUGGGACCGACACCUUCAUCAGGGAGCCCUUCAUUGUGAAGUUUUCCUCGCCCACCACGCAGGUGGAGGAGUUUGUGAUGGUGCCCCUGCACGCCCAGCCCAGCAGCGCGGUGGAUGAGAUGGACGCGCUCUACGAUGUCUACACUGACGUGGUCGACAAGUGGGCGACUAACAACAUCUUCUUCCUGGGAGACUUCAACGCCGGCUGCUCCUACGUGACCAGCCUCAGCAUCCCAUCUGGCAGGAUGGGGACCACAGUGCUGGCACUGUUCCUGCUGGCUGUGGCUUUCCCGUGCCUGGCCACCGCCACGCUGCGCGUUGGUGCCUUCAACAUCCAGGCAUUCGGAGACACCAAGAUGUCCAACGAGGAAGUGGCAGGCGUCAUCGUCAGCAGCCUGCGCCGCUACGACGUGGUGCUGGUGCAGGAGGUACGCGACUCCGACCUCAGCGCCGUCACGCAGCUCAUGGAGCAGCUCAACAGCAUGUCCAUGUCCCCGUACGACUACGAGAUCAGUGGCCCCUUGGGACGGGACAACUACAAGGAGAUGUACCUCUUCAUCUACAGGCCAGACGUCGUGUCCGUGAUGGACACCUACCAAUAUGAGGACCCCCAGGACGUCUUCAGCCGGGAGCCAUUCAUCCUGAGGGUCUCAGCACCCCGCACCAGUAUGUUGGGGGGCAAGUGGUCCUGGGUGGUGGCAUGGGUUGGCUGCAGGGCUGACAUCCCUCUCCCCACAGAGGUGGAGGAGUUUGUGCUGGUACCGCUCCACUCAGCCCCGCAAGAUGCCGUUGCCGAGAUCGAUGCGCUCUACGAUGUCUACCUGGCCAUCGUCAACAAGUGGGGGACUGAUAACAUCAUGUUCCUGGGGGACUUCAAUGCCGAUUGUGCCUACGUCCAGCCCAGCGACUGGUCGGCCAUCCGCCUGCGCACCAGCGAUGUCUUCAAGUGGCUGAUCCCGGACAGCACCGACACCACCGUGGGGAAGUCAGACUGUGCCUACGACAGGAUCGUGGUGUGCGGCGCCAAGCUGAAGAGAAGCAUUGUGCCAAAUUCAGCUGCCAUCUACAAUUUCCAGCGCGCUUUCCAGCUGGAGCAGGAGGAGCAGCCCGAGCUGGCUCUGGCCGUGCCACGUGCGCCCGUGUCCGGAGCCUGUCUGCUGGGGUGCCGGCACAACCCCCUGCGUAAGGACACAGCAGCCUCCAGCCAGCUAACGGGGAGCUCGGGGUGA